GAGGGCAUCGGUUGUUCGUCUUCCAUCGGAAGCUCUACAACUGGCGAGCCAGUAACAAUACUUCAUGUGCUCGAAGCUCCCUGGUGCUCUAAAUCGAAGGGGGAGGGUUAAAGGAGAGAAUCUUGCGUAGCCGUGUCAUCUGAAACACGAUGAGGAAGCCAUCUGUCUCUGGGAGCUCAAGGAGGAUCUUGGACAGGCGCAGGAUGAACAAAUUGAGGAGGAAGAAAGCAGGAUUAGCUGACAUUGCAACAGGUUUCUGUAUGAAUGGGCUGGCAGCAGCAUGCAUCGACUGGAGCGAUGGAAUAAGACAAGAAAUAGGGGGCAAUGUAUUGAGCUGUUUGUUUAACAUGAAGCGUCCUCAAAGAUUUAGUAGGAAGCUGGCGUAUCAGCUCAUGCUAAAGAUGAAUCCUGCGACAAUGGAGAUGGACUUCGGUAACGGAAGGAAAGUGAAACUGACAAGGGAAUAUAUGGCGCAUGCGACCGGUUUGCCGAACAAGGGUGUUCGGGUGGUCGCGCCGACCACGGAGCGUCGCAGAGUUUUGCUGAGAAAGGUGCACACAGUACUGAAAACUGGGACAAAGGACACGCAGCUACCAUCGAUGGACACGCUGACAAGAAUCUUAAAACAAGCCACCGUAAUAGAGCUAAAUCAGGUAAACAAGUCCAUGCUGCUGACAGCUCUUACUAUGCUGGCUUGUGCUACCUUCGUCGCACCAAAAAGGUCAUGUUCUUCUGUAGCGUCAGAGGUUUUGUUGCUUGUUGAUAAUCCUGCAAGGAUUAAAGAUCAUAACCUUGCUCUGUACGCGUGGGAGACUCUGCAGAACGGUGUUUACCGGGCCAAAUACGAGAUGCCAAAUGCUCGUGGGGGAAUCGAGCUAGACGGCUGCCUGUUGGCCCUCCAGACAUUCUUCAUGGAUCAUAAAGCAAACACACCUCAAGACGUCAUGGCAAUGGAGUUUCCUAGAAUAGUACACUACGAUCUAGUGGCUUUGGAGGAUUACGUGAAACUGAGAGCGUCACGCUGCAAAGGAGUGAUUAAGUUGGGAGAUGCAGUUGCGGAUGACGAAGAUGGCUUUGAGAGAACUGGUUGGCGAUCCGAUGGGGUUAGAACACCUAGUCCUAAUAUAGAGGGCCGGGAGUCCGUUAAAUGGGGAAAAUCGUGCCGUCGCACUGGAGCUGUGCGCAACAAUGUAUCAAAAGAAAUUGAUAAGAGCCUUUUCAUAAAGAUAAUGGAUGUUGCGAGGAAAGUGGUGGCGAUGCAGAGUGCAGGGUGCGGCCUAAAUGCAAGAGAAGACAGAGACUGCUUGUCGCAAUUUCUGAAAGGUGUGGACGACGAGGAUGUGCAGAGGAUAUUCGACAUAAUUGACAGAAGCAUGAGUGAGCAGAAGAAAUGGGACAUUUUAUGAUGGAUGUGUUCCUCAGUGAGUUAGCAGCAAUGUCAGGACUUAGCGUGGAAGAAGUGUUUAGCACAGAUUCUGCGUCGCUGAGGAACAAGGAAAUAGGUACAAUCUCUGGUGUCGAACAUUUCAUGGGCUCGGAUGGUGGUGUGAGGUUGAGUACGGGUGGCGUAGAGACGGGAGGUGAGGAAACAGGUGUUGUCAUCCGAUCGGAGACACCAUAUGCAGCGGGUCGGUCUUCCGACUGGAGAAAAAUAAAGG